GUUCGUUAACCUUAAACGUCUCGUUCCCUAAAUCACCUUUGAUUGGCGGCGUCCUUCUCUAGUCCCCGGUGUUAUGGUGCGGUGGUGACUACGGCGUCUCUUCUGUGACUAAGAAAACUAUUCAAGGUAGCCUAGCCUUUUCGUCUUUGUGGCUCUCUCUAGAUAUUUUUUUGAAUUUUAGCAGCAGUCUCCAUGGAGAGAAAAAUCAAAAACCUGAAUUCAGAAGAGAAGCAACCAGAGGAGCCGAGGAAAGGCAACAAGAGAGAUAAAGAAGUACUGAAAAUAGAGGGAUACCCGGUCGAAGGACUGUCCAUAGCCGGUCACGAGACCUGCGUCAUCUUCCCUAGUCUGAAUUUAGCUUUCGACAUCGGUCGCUGCCCCCAGCGUGCUAUCUCCCAGGACUUCCUCUUUAUCUCUCAUGGUCAUAUGGAUCACAUUGGUGGACUGCCCAUGUAUGUUGCAACCCGUGGCCUAUAUAGGAUGAAGCCCCCAACAAUUUUCGUGCCAACUGCUAUUAAAGAAGAUGUGGAAAAACUAUUUGAGGUGCAUAGGAAAAUGGACGGAUCAGAGCUGAACCACAAUCUGGUUGGCUUGGAUUGGGGAGAAGAGUUCCAUUUAAGAAAGGACCUCAAAGUGAGAGCAUUCAAGACUUACCAUGUCAUACAAAGCCAGGGCUACUUAGUUUCCUCCGUGAAACAUAAACUUAAGCAGGAGUAUCUUGGCCUGUCUGGGAACGAGAUUAAGAACUUGAAGACAUCAGGUGUGGAGAUUACAUACACCAUAACAACCCCUGAAAUUGCUUUCACUGGUGACACUAUGUCCGACUUCAUUAUCGAUCAGACAAAUGUCGAUGUUCUAAAGGCAAGGAUUCUUGUUCUAGAGAGCACAUUUGUUGAUAGCUCAGUAUCAGUGGAGCAGGCAAGGGAUUAUGGACACACUCAUUUGUCUGAGAUUGUUAAUUAUGCAGAAAGGCUUGAGAACCAAGCAAUUCUUCUGAUUCAUUUUUCUGCUCGUUAUGCAUUAGAGGAAAUCCAAAAGGCUGUGUCUAUGUUGCCUCCACCUUUGGCAGGCCGAGUUUUUGCGCUGACUGAGGGUUUUUGAAGACUGCUGUUGAGAAUUGUAUUAUGUGUUGUAUAUUGAGCAUCAUUUGGUAAGAGAUUAUAUAGCAUCUCCACUGGAUGACCGAUUAGAUCAGAAGCUUCUGAUACACGUUGCGUCGUGGUUAUUGCCUAUCAACGUAGAAUGAUGCAAGCAAGUAAUGCAGUUGCAACUCUUAAACCACUAAGCCAUGCCAUCAUAUGCGAUCAUAACUUGAACUGAAGCUCCCUAUUGAGACGUUCUUCAUUGAAAGAUAGCAACGAUGCAAAGUGACGUUGGAAAGAAGACUAAGUGCAGGAUUCUGGGUUGAAGUACCUUGCGAGAUUAAUUGAACCAAGCAAACUCAAUGCCGCCGUGGGAGCUCCAGCCUUGAUUCCUCUAGAACCCAGAAACCUAAACGUGAAUGCUUGCUUGCAAUGAAUCCAUCUGAGUCACAGGAACAGACUACUCUAAUCUGAUAAGUCUGCUUGUUAUAUAAUGUUGCCCGACGGCCCAAAACAAUAUAGUCAAUUAAUUCACU